AUGUAUUUAAUAUCACGGAGCAUUUUUUCUUCUUUCUCGCUUGAUAAUAUGUUCAUUUUUUUCUUUUUUUUUUCUUUCCUCGUUAUUGUCUUUUUCUUUCAUACCAUCUUGUAUUUUUUCAUUCUUCCUUAUAUUUAUGCCAUUUCUUCUUAUUCUAACACAAGGUUUUUUUCUUUCUCUUCUAAAUUCAUUCUUUUCCCCUUUUUAUUCAUUUGCUUGUUUUCCUGUCUUUCGUAUGUUGCUCAUUUUUCUCUAUUUUCUAUUUAUCAUCCUAGAUUUUUCUUUCAUACAUUCCAUUUUCACCUUUAUUUGUUCUUUUUCACUUUCCUUCGUUUUCAUCUUCUCCAUUUUUACUUCUACACAAAUUCCUUCUUGCAAACUCCUCCUCCUCCUCCUUCUUCUUCUCUUGAGCUACUGACUACUACUUUUUUCUUCUCCUUCUUGUCUUCUGCUUUCUUCAUUUGCUUUUCCUACCUUAUUCCCCCUUUCUACUUUCUUCUUUUCUUUCUUGUCUUUUUCAUUUUCUUUUCGUACCUUCUCCUUCUUUUUCUUCUUCUUCUUCUUCGUCGUCGUCGUCGUCGUCGCUUCGCCUACUUGUUUCCACUUCUUCCUUUAUUUUAUUUACUUAAUGAUUUCUUCUUAACUCCCACUGCCUUCUUCUUCUUCUUCUUCUUCUUCUUCUUCUUCUUCUUCUUCUUCUUCUUCUUCUUCUUCUUCUUCUAUCAUUCUCUUUACCCUCUCUUUUUUUCUUUGUCAUUGUUGAUUCUUUCUUUCACGUAA